GCCGUCCGGGCGCGGGCGCGGCGCGGCGGGGAGAUGUGCCCGGAGGAGCGCGGCGCGGCGGGGCUGGGCGAGCUCCGCUCGUGGUGGGAAGUCCCGGCCAUCGCGCACUUCUGCUCGCUCUUCCGCACCGCCUUCCGCCUGCCGGACUUCGAGAUCGAGGAGUUAGAAGCAGCUCUUCACAGAGACGAUGUGGAGUUUAUCAGUGAUCUGAUUGCCUGCCUGCUUCAGGGCUGCUAUCAGCGAAGGGAUAUCACGCCUCAGACAUUCCACAGCUACCUGGAAGACAUUAUCAACUACCGCUGGGAGCUUGAAGAAGGAAAACCCAACCCACUGAGAGAAGCCAGUUUCCAAGACCUGCCUCUUCGUACCCGUGUGGAGAUUCUGCACCGCCUCUGCGAUUACCGGCUAGAUGCAGAUGAUGUCUUUGACCUACUCAAGGGUCUGGAUGCAGACAGUCUCCGUGUGGAACCUCUGGGUGAAGACAGUUCAGGGGCGCUCUACUGGUAUUUCUAUGGAACACGGAUGUAUAAAGAGGAUCCGGUACAAGGAAGGUCUAAUGGAGAACUCUCCUUGAGCAGGGAAAGUGAAAAACAAAAAAAUGCCUCAAGUGUUCCUGGAAAAACAGGAAAAAGAAGAGGAAGGCCCCCAAAAAGGAAGAAACUACAAGAGGAGGUAAUUGUGAGUGAAAAGCAAGAAGAAAAUUCCUUAGCAUCUGAGACACAGACAAAAAAUGGGUCCCAUAGACCUGGUCAAGGAACAUGGUGGCUCCUGUGCCAAACAGAAGAAGAAUGGAGACAGGUCACUGAGAGUUUUCGAGAGAGAACCUCCCUCCGAGAGCGGCAGCUUUACAAGCUCCUCAGUGAGGACUUUCUGCCUGAGAUCUGCAACAUGAUUGCCCAGAAGGGUAAACGUCCACAGCGCACAAAGGCAGAGUUGCAACCUAGGUGGAUGUCUGGCCACCUGUCCAUGGACUCCUUCAAACCAGAGGAGACUCCUGUACUUGCCAGGAUAGAAAAACAGAAGCGCAAGGAGGAAGAAGAGGAACGGCAGAUUCUUCUUGCAGUACAGAAGAAGGAACAGGAGCAGAUGUUGAAGGAGGAGAGGAAGCGGGAAUUGGAGGAAAAGGUCAAGGCCGUGGAAGAUCGUGCCAAGAGGAGAAAGCUCAGGGAAGAACGGGCAUGGCUGCUAGCUCAAGGCAAGGAGCUACCCCCCGAACUGUCCCACCUGGACCCCAGCUCUCCCACGAGGGAAGGAAAGAAGCCUAAGGACCUCUUUGAGUUAGAUGAUGACUUCACUGCCAUGUACAAAGUUCUAGAUGUGGUUAAGGCCCACAAGGAUUCCUGGCCCUUCCUGGAACCUGUAGAUGAGUCUUAUGCCCCUAACUAUUAUCAGAUUAUUAAGAUCCCCAUGGAUAUUUCAAGUAUGGAGAAGAAACUGAAUGGAGGUAUAUACUGUACCAAGGAAGAAUUUAUAAGUGAUAUGAAGACAAUGUUCAAGAAUUGUCGAAAAUAUAAUGGGGAAAAUAGUGAGUAUACCAAGAUGUCUGAUAAUUUAGAGAGGUGUUUCCAUCGUGCAAUGAUGAAACAUUUUCCUACUGAAGAUGGAGACACCGAUGAAGAAUUUUGGAUCCGAGAGGAUGAGAAGCGGGAGAAAAGACGAAGUCGUGCUGGGCGAAGUAGUGGAAGCCACGUUUGGACCCGCUCAAGGGACUCUGAGGGGCCCAGCAGGAAACAGCUACCCGUGGAAAAUGGAGGAAAGUCAUUGCCUCCGGCACGCCGAGGUGUCUCCUCUGGGGAUAAUCAGAGCAGCAGGUCUGCACAGCCUCCUUGUGAGGUGGGCACUUCCAAUGGCCAAGGCUUUCCCCGCCCCUUGCAUUGUGGUGGAAUGCCCAACCAGGAGCCCCUUUUAAACCAGAUGAGGCCAGCAGCUCCAGGAACACUUGGCACCAACUUGUAUGGCUCCUCAAGAGUCUCAGAAGUACCCCCAGGAGAGCCCUUGCAGCAGCAGCCCUCCUUUGCCAUGCAGCCUCCAGUUGGAGGAAACAGCAACCACCGAGGCCCUCGGCUUAGAGUUCCUGAGGAGAAGCACAUGUGUGGUGGGCUGACACCCCUUUCCCACACAGGGUCACAGCCCCACACCCUGCCGCUUGGGCAGAUGAGUUGCCCCAGUCAAGAUGGAAUGUAUACUCCAGGUCCAUUCCAAACAGGAUUUGUUCCUCCCAGGCAUGGUGGAGCUCCUCCAGCUCGACACCCAGACUUUCCCGAAAGCUCCGAAUUUCCUCCAAGCCACAUGUUUCGAUCCUACAAAUACCUGAAUCGGGUGCGCUCUGCUGUCUGGAAUGGAAACCAUGGUGCUGCAAACCCAGGACCCCUGGGGCCAGAUGAGAGACCCCAUAUGGGACUUGGACCCUCUCACCAGCCUCACACUUUUGGGCACAUGAUGGAUGUCCGAGGAAUGAGACCAUCUGUCACCCCAAACCAGUGGACUAAACAAUCAAACUUUCUACCUCAUGGAGUUCCUUCCUCAGGAUAUAUGCGGCCACACUGUAAGUCUGCAGGACACCGGUCACAGCCACCUCCAGCCUCAGCACCAAGUCCUCUUUUUGGAGGGCCUUCCCCAGCCCUCCGAGGGGUGCCAGGAGGGGACUCCAUGAUGGACAGCCCCGAGAUGAUCGCCAUGCAGCAGCUCUCCUCUCGUGUCUGCCCCCCAGGUGUGCCUUACCACCCCCACCAGUCGCCUCCGUCCCAAUUACCUAGCCCUUUUCCACAGGUAGCUCAGUCAGCAGCAGUAAGUGUGUCAAUCCCCAAACCUGCCUCGGGCAACCCUGAGAGGACACAGGAUAUCAGUGAAACACAAGAGUCUGAGAACGAUGGAGAGUCCUUGCCUGGACUUGAAGAGAAAUCAGUUGGCAUUGGUGCUUCAGAGAGGGUCUACCUCAAACAGCUACCUCACCCUACACCUCCCCUGCAAGCUGACUGCACCAAGCAGAGCCCAUCACAAGAGAGAGAAACAGAGGUCCCACAGCUUAAAGGCGAUUCCUCAGAAGUUGAAGACACCUGUAAAACAGCAAAAAGCAAGAACACCUGGCCUUUGGAUAACAGCUACUGUAGCCCAGCUGCUCAAGGCUGUGUGAGAGAUCUCUCUGUGGUGUCAGACAGAGGGGCUCGUCCUGAAAAUGGGGCCAUUGGUGAAGUAUCCCCUUGUGGCUCAGAAGGGAAGGGCCUUGGUGGCAGUGGUUCAGAAAAGCCACUGUGCCCCACAGGCAAAACAUCACAGGAGACCAUGCCAUGCACAGGACAGAAUGCAACACCGCCUCCCUGUGCAGACUCCAAUUUAAUGCCAGGCUCUGUGAGCCAGUUUUCCCCCUUAUACAUGCCUGGCCUAGAAUACUCGAAUCCAGCUCCUCAUUAUCACGUCAGCCCAGGCCUGCAAGGUUUGGGCCCUGUGAUGGGAGCGAAGCCUUCAGUAUCACAUCCUCAGCCUUUCCCCCCAGAGCCUUUCAGCUACAACCCUCAUCCUGGGGUCUUUCCUAGGUACCGCCCCCACCAAGGAAUGAGGUAUUCCUACCAACCACCACCUCAGCCUUCCUAUCAUCAGUACCAGCGAGCUCCUUACUACCCAUGUCCACAGGGCUUUUCUGACUGGCAGAGACCACUCCAUCCCCAAGGCAGCCCUAACGGGCCCCCAGCAAGUCACCCUCUGCCCCCACCCCUCUUUUCAGACAAGAAUGCUAUGGCUGAUCCAGAGGGCUGCGAGACACUGAAUACUGCCUUAACUUCUCCAACUCAGAUGGAUGCAGUGGCUGCUAAAGUUGUCUCAACUGAUGGGCAGAAUCCUGGUCCAGAGGAAGAAAAGCUAGAUGAGUCUAUGGAGAGGCCUGAAAGUCCCAAAGAAUUUUUAGAUCUAGACAACCACAAUGCAGCUACCAAGCGACAGAGUUCACUGUUGCCCAGUGACUAUCUCUAUGGAACUACCCCGCCUCUGAGUUCAGGGAUGGGUUUUGGUUCUCCUGCCUUCCCACCUCAUGGUAUGAUGCUACAAACUGGACCUCCUUACACUCCUCAGCGGCCAGCCAGUCACUUUCAGUCCAGAGUGUACUCUUCCCCUGGGGCUGUUCAUCCACCUCGCCAUUCAGUGGCUGCCCAACCCAACGGCCUCUCCCAGGAGGGCCCUCUCUAUCACUGUCAGGAGGAAGGCCUGGGGCACUUCCAGGCUGUGAUGAUGGAGCAGAUGGGCACAGGAAGCGACAAGGGCGUCUUCCAAGAAGUGUACAGACCACCAGGGAUGUACAUGCCUCCGAUCCAGCCACAGUCGUCGUUCUCAAAGAUCCCUGCCCCCACGGCAUCACCAGAACAGUUGCCGCCGCAUAAGACCCCAACGCUUCCUCUGGAUCAGAGCUAGUCCAAGGAGGAUAUAGCCCCCAAUGAAAUAGAAAGCUGUGCAUGAAGACUGAGCAUGGAGGAUUUGGGGAAUGACCCUCGCCUAUCUCUGUUCCUGUCACACUGUUCCUCCCCUUCACAGUGAAUUGCACCAUGCCGUCAGGAGCUGGAGCCUUAGAAGCACACGUGGCUUGCAGGGGUUCCGGGUUGGGUUGCUGGCACAGCCAACACUCAGGAAGAACAAAUGAGCCCGGAGUUCAUGCUGACUUCUCCAAGUCCUGAGACUCAGUCAGGGAAAAUCAAUUUCAACUUGAGUGGGGGCACUUGGAGUGGUGCUUUUAAACUUUAUGAACAGCUCAUCUCAGGAAUAUAUUUGGGGAAGGGACUACUUGUAGUAUUAAUGUUUUUGGAGCUGGGUCCAGUUUACAGAAUUUUCAUGUUGCCUUUUAAAAUAUUUUUUGUUGGUGGUGAAUGUAUUGUACAUAAAGUGGGAAGGAUGGGUGGGGAUGUGAAAGAGACAGGAGUCCUAAUUGUAGUGGGCACACAGCACUGGAGCGGUCUCUGUCUGUUUACAAUCAUGUCACACUGAAUGCUUUGGGGAGCUUGGAGAGAGGGUAGGAAAAGUUUCAUCUUAUUACACGCCAUGACCUCUGUUUUCUUAGUGACUGGCCCAUCUAGCCUUGAACAGAUAAAGCUCUCCCUGAGGUCAGCCUCAGAGUCCAGUUGUACCUGUCCCCCUCACUGUUUGUUCAUUCCUCAGCCAGAGGCAGUGCUCUCUUGUGGCCACUGGGACCUUCAGCCCCGAAGGCAGGCUGCUGGCACUCAGGUGGCCUAAGUCCUAGAUUUGUGAAAGUGGUAUCCCAUCCUGAUUCUUCCAGAUACUGUGAACUGUGAACUGGUGUCAGGAAUUGGACUGACUUCAGUGUUUCACUUACUAGAGCCCUCUUGGGUGUGCUCUAGAAGGAGUCACGCAGAGCUUUCUAGCACAAACUACAUUUGGUGAACAUGACUACUCAGGUUUGUAUGUGUUAGUCUCAGUAAAGAAAUUGCACAGGUUUGAAUAAGAAAAAUGUAUCCUAUAGAUAUACAGUUUGAAUUGAGGAAUAUUUCAGUAUAUAUAGUUUUUAUUCAGUUAACUGAAUCAUAGUAUAAUCAGCUAUGGUGAUUUAAAUUAGCUAUCAAACAUAAAUUAUUAGAAAGCAUUUGUCAUAUCUGAUAGGAAACAAUUUUACAGUAUUAAAUUACUUUAUUAUGGAUUUAAAAGUUAAUUACACUGGAUCCUCCCUGUUUAUUAGCAUUCUGUGUCCUGUUUUAGCUGAGAUGUCACUGAAGUUAGGGCCCCUCUUUAAACUUAAAUAUACCACAAGGAGAGAAGGGAAAUGGCCUGAAAUUGCGGUUUUUGUAAAAAAUAGCAUUUAUUUUGAAGCAUGCUUUGGGGUUAGUAGAAGUCUUCAUAAAAUAUGAAUCUGCUCUAGUUUCUUACAAAUUCAGCUGUGGGCAGGGUUAGUAGAACUCUUCCCUCCAGUUCCAGUUCCUUCAAUAAAUGUGGAACUGAUAAACUGGGUGUGAUGGUUCAUGUCUGUAAUCCCAAUACAUGGGAGACUGAGGCAGGAGGAUCGUGAGUUCAGUGCUAUCCUGGGUUAAAUACAUAGUGAGCCCUUAUCUCCCCCCUCCCCCAACUUAACUAAAUAGAGAACUGUUGUUUAUAAUCUGCUAAAUUUGUUAUCAGAAGGAAAGGAACUAGACUGGUAGCCUAUCUGUGCGUCAAUUGAGUUGUAAGGCUGGGUUCUCAUUUGAUCCUAGACCUCGUGGGAAACCUAGUCGUAGAAAAUAGGUGGAUGGGUCACAGUUUGUCCUUGUGCUAGCCUAUGCUAACAUGCUCAGAGCAUUUACUCCAGUUUGUGCAGGGCAAAGGAAGGAUCUGCUCAGUCUCGGUCUGAGAUGGUUCUCCCCCCGGAAAGAAGCUUCUCAUCAGGAGUGUUAUAACACAGGGCUUUGUCCACAGUGCUAAAGCUGAAGGGGCUAUAGUAUACACACUGCAUUAGCUGCCACUUCCUCCUCGCUCCUGGAGCUCUCUACCCCAAUGCUCUGUUACAAGAGAUGCUGUAGGGGAAAAUAUCAGAAAGUUACCUUCUCCUUAUCACCCUUCUUGGUUUAUGGGCAAGUGAGAAUAUAUUAAGAAAGAGCCACAGGAUACAGAAUUCCUGUAUGGAGUUGUAACACUGAACAAGAACAGCAAAGUAGCCUCUGUUGUAUCCUGUUUAUGAAUUUGGUGGUCAUUACAGGACCUAGCCCUUCAUCCCUUAUCCAUCCCUUAUCUGGUAAUACCGUGUGUUUUUAGUGGUCUUUGGAGUGUAGAUGGGCUGAAAGUUGCCUGGAGCCUCUGUGAGUCCCACCAUUCAGACACCCCCAAACAGGACCACUCAUUUCACCUUUCUGCUCCUCUGGCUCUUCUCUUUUCAAGUGCCCUAAGCAGAUGUAAGAGUAGUGUGCCAAGGUGUCUUCAGGGUUUACUCUCAGGUUUAAAGACACGUAUCCUCCAGGUCAGCGUCACUAAGUCACCUGCUGGCUUUCAGUAGUCCCUAGGGUGUCAUAGCUGACAACCUGGGGACAAUUUGAAGCACUAUCAUUGCUAUUUACCAUGCAAGAUUUAGCUUGAUUAGAUUUAUUAAUAACUUAGAAACAGUUUCCUCAAAGGCUAAAGAGAAGUAAAGAUCCAGAAAGAAAAGUUGAGCCUUUCAGGUUUCUGCCCCUCUUGAAUCUGUUCAUUUAAAGAAAUUUGUUGUGAUGGAUAUAGAGAAGGGCAUGCAGGAUUCUUUUAUUAUUUCUUUACUUUCUGUUCUCGCCCUCUCUACUUCCCUCUUUCCCUUCCCCACCUUGUGGGGACCCCCCCCCCCAUAGGUUUUUAAAUUCAGGGCUGAGCACUUGCUAUUCAAGUGCUCUACUACUACAGGAGCCACACCCCCAACCCUGUCUCAUCUUUAAAACUAAAGCUGCUCCAUCUCCUGAGUCAGACUAGUUUAAUUUUGGGGUAGUGCACCGGAGUCUAUUUAGCCACACUGUAGUCUCACCUCACACAGGUCAGGCCUCUCACAAGGCAGACUGGUGCUGGCUUUUAUGAAACUGGACAUUUUUGCUCUUGGCUCCUCAUCUUAGUUAUGGUCAGUUCACUGUAGCCUUACUGUGGAAGUGUCUCCUGACCAUUGCAGUUCCAUGAUAUUUAUCUGCUGUAUAGUUAUUGUUAUUCUAAUUCCUACCAGCAUCUAAGGGUAAGCUAGUAAGUGCUGCCACAAACACAAAACCCCAGUGUUGGCAUCACCAUGAUUACCACAAAGAAGACUUCAUCAUCCCACUUGGCUGUUCUCUUCCCUCACUUCUCUUCCCCCAUCUUUCUUAUCUAUAAGUCAUAUACAUCUUUUAAAAUCUAAUGUGAAAUGUCACCCAAAGUCUUAAUUCAGAGUCCCAAGACCAGGAUGUGCUUUGCAUGACCUUAGUCAUUUCUAGCAUUUACCUAUGUUUGUCCCUUGGCUAACCCAUUCUGGUCCUCGGGGAGAGACCCACGGUGCACUUGGGUUGCAUCUAUCACUGAGUCACCAGUGUUCACUGCCAGAGGUUUCUGGAAUGUGGUGUCUCAGCAGAUAACACUUUGGACAAAACUUGUAGUGAGGGCAGUGGCAUUUGUGUGAGCAGGCAGUUGUCAUUUCUACUCUCCUGUCACUGUCUGGUCACCAGGAAUGUGGCUGAGUGGUAAUAGGUGAGAAGGUAGCCAGGUUAGAUGUUUCUGUUCAGUGGGUUUAGAUCUCCCUCUAAACCUUAACACCGGAGCCUUGCCUUUCCACUGGGAAGGUGGAGUUAAAGUGCUCUUUGCUAUGUCCUUGCUCUCAGAGAAGCAGGAUAGGAGCUUUAUCUACAACCUUCUCUGCUAGCUAAGCACACAUCUCCGGCUUGGGUUAAACAGUGCUUGUUUGUUCUGACUUAACUCUUAGGCCUGAAAAACAGCUGGUUGCCCUACUUACUGUUCUGGAAGGGCUGUUAGGCGAGGUGGGGCAGCGGGGCGGGAGGGAACAGUCGAAUGGCUGCCUCCAGACCAGGUGCCUCACUCACCUGCCCUCACACAGCCCCAGGAGCCCUCCAGGUUCCACCAGCCUGCGUAUAUACACAGGGUCCUUGCUUGCUCCUGGUGUAAAAGUGAAUGCCCUGGUGAAUUUUCUGGCCAGUACUGGAAAGAGGGGUGCUAUUUAUUUUUUUAUUUGUGUAUAUUUUGUCGUGGUCUGCUGAUUCCCUGUUUUACUGAGAGCGACUCUUACCUCAAUAGUUAGUUCAAUAUUGUGUGUUGGAUAAUUUUUUAAGAGAACUUUUUGCAAAGCUUUUUGAUCCUCAGAGGUCUGUAGAUUUAUUUCCAUAUGAACUGGUUAUUUUGUAUAAAGUACAUUCUUAAAAUA